AUGGAAAAUGAUUAUAAAUUUCUUACUGAUCAUUCAUAUUCAAUGAUUGAUUAUGAUACAUUAUCUUUAAAACAACGUACAAUGAAAAAUAAAAAACAUAAUAAAAUUUCAAAUCAUUCUAAUAAAACAACAUCAACUAAUCGUACAGUAUCAAUUGAUCGUAGUUCAAGUGAUAAAGAAAAUAAUUUAUCAAAUUCAACUAAUGUAUCAAUACCAAUAAUAAAUACUUCUAAAAAAAAUAAAAUAAAAUCAUCAAUAAAGAAAAAAACAUCACGUAUACAAUUAAAAAAAAAACAAAAUAAUAAGAAUAAAAAUUAUAUUAAAUCAACACAAGGUAAUAUUAUUAAAAAGAAAAAUCCAAUAAUUUCUCAUUCAAUCGAUACAAUACCAUCUUUAUCAAUUGAAGAACGUGUUAAAUUACGUCGAACAAGAUCAUUUCAAAUACCUAUUCAAUCUUUAUUAAAUAAAAAAUCUUCAUCUAAUAUUAAAAAACGAAAAAAUUUAUCAAAAACAAAUAAAAAUAUAAUUAAAUCUAAAAAAUUCUUUCUUGGAUCAGGUCUUGAUCUUGAUAAUAUUCUUCUUGGUAAUCGUCAACGACGUUCUGUAAAAACAUAA